GCAGCUGUUGCAGCUUCGGCCACCCCAAAGAUGUGCCCUGGCAACUGGCUCUGGGCCUCCAUGACGUUUAUGGCCCGCUUCUCCCGGAGUAGCUCGAGGUCCCCUGUUCGCACCAGAGGGGCCUUGGAGGAGAUGCCAACUGUUCAACAUCCUUUCCUCAAUGUCUUUGAGUUGGAGAGGCUUCUCUACACAGGGAAGACAGCCUGUAACCACGCCGAUGAGGUCUGGCCAGGCCUCUACCUCGGAGACCAGGACAUAGCUAACAACCACCGCGAGCUUCGGCGCCUGGGCAUCACCCACGUCCUCAACGCCUCCCACAGCAGGUGGCGAGGCACGCCCGAGGCCUACGAGGGGCUGGGCAUCCGCUACCUGGGUGUCGAGGCCCAUGACUCGCCAGCCUUUGACAUGAGCAUCCACUUCCAGACGGCGGCCGACUUCAUCCACCGGGCGCUGAGCCAGCCUGGAGGGAAGAUCCUGGUGCACUGUGCCGUGGGAGUGAGCCGAUCCGCCACGCUGGUGCUGGCCUACCUCAUGCUGUACCACCGCCUCACCCUCGUGGAGGCCAUCAAGAAAGUCAAGGACCACCGAGGCAUCAUCCCCAAUCGAGGCUUCUUGAGGCAGCUCCUGGCCCUGGACCGCAGGCUGCGGCAGGGUCUGGAGGCAUGAGGGGCGGGGAAGGGAGUUCGGGCCAGGCGCAUGGGUCCCUGGCUCCCAGCUGGAGGGAGAAGGCCCAGGUGGCAGGUAGAGAGAGGCCCAGAUAACCCAUCAUCUCCUAUAGGCAGGAGAGUAAGAAGGCUGGGGGGUGGUCCCGCCAUCACUAUCUGUCUGGGUGGGAUGGAGAGUGAGGGCGGGGAGUGUGGCCGACGCCCAGGAGGGAGCUGACCAGGGAAGGAAGCAACUAGGCUGUAAAUAGAUCCCGCCCUGGGAUCCUGGGAUUCAGACACCGUUGGAUUCCAGCCAGAGCGCCCCGGUGAUUCAGAGCCUCUUCCCCUUUGGGCCCAAGUGUUCCCCUUUCUCCCUUAUCAAAACAAAAGGGUCGUCUCUGUCCUGUGCUGGUGCAGGGAGUCGGGGCUGCAGCGAGCAUGAAUGUGCUGGUGUAGAGCCCGGUGGAGACGGUAGUGUAGAGGCAGACGGUGAAGAGGUGGUAUGCAAAGCUGUGAAACCCGGGGGAGAAACCCACAGACUUGUUACUCCAAGCACAGCAAGAGCAGGUGUGGGAGGGCUGGCGCUGUGCCCCUGGGCGCCGGUGGCGGCCCAAAGCUACGGAGACGCGUGACUGGGAGUCUUUACAGGACCGCGCGCUUACUGGGUCCAAGUGUCUUGGGGGAAAAUAAAGAUGGUGGACGAGAAGAGAGCCUCUUGAAGUCAUGGACAGUUUGUUUGAGUCCUGUACCUCUCCCCUGGGAGCCCCGAGUCCAAGUGCACACUCCUGCUGUGUGAAAUUCUGAACUGUUGUUUCCAACUAUG